AUGCCUUCGAGGGCCGGGCAAUCGGCGUGGCGCCCGCGGUGGCCGCUGAUCGCGGCGUACCUGGCUUGCCUGGCGGUCUGCGUGCCUCGGCUCGUCAGCCCCGCACCGCAGAGCGUCGCCGCCCAGGGGCACAUCAUUGAAAAGAUCGACCGGCAGAUUGACUUGACCAAGCAGUGGGCCUUUAAGUCGGAGAUCUUGACGAUCAAAGUCGCGGCCAAGGGGGACGGCGCCGCGGCCGUGGCGCUGUGUGAUCUGAAGCAGAAGGCGGAACGGCGGGCAUUGAUAAAGGUGUCCCUGGUCAAAGACGGCAAGCAAACCCCGCUGGAUACGGAGGACACCAGCACAGUUGAGGAUGCACCAAAUGAUGUCUCUUGCAUCUUGGCACACUUGCCCACUGAAGUGACGGCCAACCAGGCGGUGGAAUUGAAGGUUUUGACUUAUGCCACAAGGGUUAUGACCCCAAAUCCUGAGAAAAUCUUUCAGUCUGAAACUCAGCGCAUGGUUUAUGAGGACAACACUCUGGUCUUGUCUCCCUAUCGUGUUGAAACACAGACAACAACGGUGAAAGUCCCCAGCAGUGACAUAAGCGAUUUUUCCAAAAUGGAGCCCAGCAAGGAGUCGGGCAGCACUGUCGUCUAUGGCCCUUACACUGGCAUUGGGCCAUUUGAGCGCCAUAAUCUGAGAGUGCACUUUGCACACAAUGCCCCCUUUGUUGAGGCCAUUAAGCUGGUGCGGGAGAUUCAGGUGUCUGAAUGGGGCAAUGUGUAUGUGGAAGAGACGUACAACUUGAAGCACACAGGAGCAGCGCUCCAAGGAACUUGGUCACGCCUCGAUUAUCAGCAAGAUCCAGGACGCUAUGGGGCAUCGGCCUGCAAGGAGCUAAAGGCCAAGCUUCCAGGCAAUGCUCAUUCGAUCUAUUUUCGUGACGAAAUCGGAAAUGUUUCGUCUUCCCAUGUUCGGCAGUCACUGAAGAAUACAGAAGUACUCCUGCUUCCAAGGUUUCCUCUUUUCGGUGGAUGGAAGAUCAACUUUGUUUUUGGUUACAGUGUUCCCCUGAAUGGGGUCCUUUGGGACCAAGAGGAUGGGUUCCGUCGGUUGGGGAUGGCCAUGGGGAGCUCGAUCCAAGAUCUGGUAGUCGAUGAACUCGAGAUCAGGGUUGUCCUUCCCCAAGGUGCAUCAGACAUUGAGGUGGAGCAGGGUGCCUACUUUGACAAGCUCACUGUCGCUGACAGGAAGCAUUCAUACCUGGAUACUAUUGGACGACCAGUGGCUGCAGCAGUCAAGUACAACGUCGUUCCCAAACAGGCACAAACUGCGAUCGUGGUGAAGUACCGCAUUUCCGGUUUGGCUCAGAUGUACAAACCCUUGCUCCUCGUUGGUGUUGUUUUCCUGCUGUUUGGAGUUGCAAUCUUCUACGUUCGUUUUGAGAUGAAACUGGCAAAGGGAGGCUGGAGGAAAGGGACAACUCCCCAGCAAAAGCAGGACAGUUGCUUGCAGAAGGCCAAGGCACUUCUCAAAGAAAGGCAAGGAACUCGAGAUGAGAUGGAGGACUUGAUCAAGGAAAUGCAGCGCACCAAGAGCACCGAACAAAGUGCGAAGUUCUGUAAGGCAAUGGAAAUGAAAGCAGCAGCCACUACCAAACAGCUUAAGGACCUGGUUGCUGAGCUUGAGAAAACAGAAUGCAAGGAGAUCGCUGCGAUCCGAGAGCUUUUAGCAAAGGAAAGAAAGCUUCAGGAUAAGUACAACGUCCACUGCACUUCCAAGAUCCAGCACGCAAGGUCGACUUCACCCAAGAAGGAUGAGGAGAAGAAGAUCGCACAGGGGGAUGCCGUCAUUUCUGAAUCGACGGAAGAAGUUGUGCGCCUGUCGACAAGCGUGCUGGGCCCCUACUGA